AUGCCUUCACCUCUCACCCGCACUUCCUCCAUCCUAAUCAUCGGCGGCGGAACCUGGGGCGCCAGCACAGCUCUCCACCUCGCUCGCCAAGGAUACCAGAACGUGACCGUCUUGGACUCCCACGCCAUCCCAUCAGCCAUUUCCGCAGGAAAUGACGUGAAUAAGAUCAAAGGAUGGCACAACUCCGAUCCAGCUUCUUCUUCUUCUUCUUCUUCUUCUUCUUCUUCUUCAGGUCAAGGCUCCAAUGCCGGAGAAUAUACACGAGAGAAAAUCGCCUGCGAGGCAAAUGAAGCAUGGCUCCAAGACGAAAUUUUCAAACCAUAUUAUCACGAAACGGGAUACGUGAUAGCUGCCAGUCAACCCCAACAUAUCCAAAACUUGUAUGAAGAGGAAAAACCGACGGCAGAAAAAGGAUUUGAGGAAUUAAAUUCCGCCCAAGAUUUCCGCAACACCAUGCCCGAGGGAGUUUUGACGGGAGAUUUCCCGGGUUGGAAAGGUUGGUUCAAGCGCGAGGGUUGUGGAUGGGUACAUGCUCGGAAAGCUCUCGUGGCAGCGUUGCUCGAAGCUGAACGUUUGGGUGUGAAACUCGUCACGGGGAAUCCACAUGGUGCGGUACAAUCGCUUUGGUUUGAUGAUGAUGAUGACAACGACAGUGACAAUGAUGGCAAUCACAAUGAUGUCCGAGGAGCCAUCACGGCAGAUGGCAAACAUCAUCUCGCCGAUCGCACCAUUCUCUGCGCAGGCGCCAACGCUCCCCAACUCCUCGAUAUGAAAGACCAACUCCGCCCCACAGCGUGGACUCUCGCACACAUCCAACUCACGCAGGAGGAAACUGCACUGUACAAAAACCUUCCAGUCCUAUUCAAUGUCGAACGAGGUUUCUUCAUGGAACCCGACGAAGACAAGCACCAACUCAAAAUCUGUGAUGAACAUCCCGGAUAUUGCAAUUGGGUCACUACCACCGAUCAAAACAACAAAAACAAAAAAAUCUCCCUCCCCUUCCCCAAAAAUCAAAUCCCUCUCCACUCCGAAUCCAACAUCCGUCUAUUCCUCCACGAAACAAUGCCCCACCUCUCCACCCGCCCUUUUACAUUCGCUCGCAUGUGCUGGUGCGCAGAUACUCCGAAUCGCGAUUUUCUCAUCACGCGCCACCCGGAAUACGCGCGUCUGACACUGGGAGUCGGCGCGUCGGGACAUGGAUACAAGUAUAUUCCUGUGAUUGGAAAAUAUAUUGUACAAGCCAUGCAGGAAAAAUUGGAGCCGAGUAUGCAGUAUACGUGGAGAUGGAGGCCGGAGACGGCUGUGGGGAGGGAUUGGGAAGAUGUGCAGGGGAGGAUGGGGGGGAGUUAUAAGGUGUUGAAUUUGGCGGAGAUUGGGGACGAGGAAUGGACUUGUAUUGGUGGCGCGGAGGCGAAGCUUUGA